AUGGCACAUCCAACAACCAAUCCCUCUCAUAGACUUGAACAAAUGGAGUCCGUCAGGGAACACAUUCCUCGCCUUCAGCACUUCCUCGGCGAGAUCGGCUAUCGUCACACCACUCCUCCUGCACCGACGCUCGAUUUUCUUCAUGCGCAUCACCACUGGAUACACCAUGUACUGGGCCCCAUGACUUCAUGGACGGUGGCCAAACUAAACGCACUCGAAGACUCAUCCUCGACCAUUUUCGAGAGAGCAUACCCGUUGUCCGACGCCGAGAUGAAGUUCGUCCUUGCAAAGCUCACGGCCAUAGCCAUUUUCCUCGACGAUUCUCUCGAAGAUGAGGAGACCUAUGACGAUAUCGGCAACUUCGCACAUCGUGUCUACCUGGGCGAGGCCCAGCCGACCGGGGUCCUUACCCUCUACCACCAAGGCAUUCAAGAGCUUUCCAAGAUGCACGAAGGCGACGCGGUCUUUAGAGGCCUCGCUGUCGCACCUUGGAUUACCUUCAUCGACGCCUGCAUGUUAGAGAAGAGACUUCUGACCUUCGACUCGAAGCUACGCGUCAGUCCUCGCGAUCUGGGAUAUCAGCGCCUACGAAACAGCACAGAUUUUACGUCCCUCCGAGCUCCGAAGGCUACUCCAAGUGAAGUAGAGGUUAGCUUUCCUAUCUUCCUUCGCCACAAGAGUGGAAUAGGAGAAGCCUAUGCCGCUGCGAUCUUCAAAUCGUCUAGAUACCAGGAGUUGCCUCUAUCAAGAUUCGUCAAGUCCAUGCCAGACAUGAUAUAUUAUAUCGAGCUCGUGAAUGACCUGAUGUCCUUCUACAAGGAGCAACUGGCCGGUGAAACAGCCAAUCUGAUCCAUCUCCAGCAUCAGUCGUGGAAGGGAGGUCAGGGAACAGGGCCAUAUGGAUCGUGGACGUUACUCGAUACUUUCAGCCGUCUGUGUGAUGAGACGAGGGAUGCUGCCUUUAGGGUUGACGAGCUCCUCAGACUGGAUGAAUGCGAAAAGAUAGCGAACGGGGAGUUGAGGGGUGAAGAGGUUGGUCUCUCGCCGAUGGACGUAACGAUGGCGGCGCAGUGGCGUGAGUUCAGAGACGGAUACGUAUCUUGGCAUCUGGAGUGCCAACGGUACAAGUUGGAUUUCAUAAAGCUUAGCACGUUUGAGUAA